CAUUUCAGUUGGGCACUGGUGAAGAGUUGCUUUUUAAAAGCUGUUCAGUUCAAUACCUGGGACCAGACUUGCGACAUUUUUCAUCAUCAGUAAGAGCUUCGUUUUGGAUGUGGUCGCUUUAAUGCACUGCCAAGCAGGAUGGCGCAUAGUGAGUGCAAGAAUAAUGCGGACUAAACCGAGAUUUACUCUUUCGGAUGUUUUCGGCUCAUUCCGCUAUUUUCCGUCCAGAUUUCGCUAGUUCUCACGCAGUCCUGCCGCUCUGUGCUGUGCUGGAAAAUGGCAGUUCGGCAAGUUGGAAAGAUUUGUGCGGAAUGAAAAGGAAAAAGAAAACAGCGCUGUAGUGUAAAGAGGGAGCGGACGGGAGUUAAAAACGCGAGUGCGCACUUGGUUCGACAGAAAAUCAACAAAGCCUUCGCCACGACGCGAUACUGUCAUCAACUCAUCAUGUUACACUGGGAGGAACGCGUUCUGAAGUGGAAUGUUGAGUGACCUGCUACCAGACGACACCAGCUAAUUUGCCAAAAGGAAUCGGGAUUUGAACUUAAUACUUCAUUAAUUUCCCUGUGCCUGAACGAGCAUGCUGCCGACUCAUUCUCUCUGCUCCAUCAUUUGGCUGAACCGUGGGUUCAAGUUAAGAAAAAUUCCCUGUUUGGUUAACACCGGUCAGGUCUAAGCUGCAACGCUAAGCUUCCAACGGCACAGGCCCACUCUGUUGGACAUGCUUUUAAGCUCCAGUCAAUAGCCUUAGCCUUAAACAAAACGUCCCUCUGUCCGACAUCACCCACGCCCUCCCAAAGUUUCAUCCCAAGUCCAAGGUUCUUCUGCCUGGGGUGAUUUUUUUAUACUCUGAGAAAAUGGCUACCGAUGGCUUCCAGUACAGAUCUCUGUACGCCUAUUGUAAGGACCGGGAGAAUGAUAUUGACCUUGAACCUGGUGAUAUUCUGACCGUGGAGAAGGCGUCUCUACUGUCAAUGGGCGUCAAAGAGGGUGACGAGCAGCACCCGGAAUGCAUUGGCUGGAUUUUAGGUUUUAAUGAGCGAACCAAACAGAGGGGAGACUUUCCAGCGACGUACGUGCAGUAUGUUGGAACUGUGAAAAUGUCAGUGUCAUCCUGCCAGCCUCGUUCUCAGAGACCACUUCCUGCUGUUCCCAGACCUGAGCCAACAGCCUCAGCACCGGCCCCGGACCUGACCAAACAGUUCACACAGUCGGAAAGCGUUCCCCCUGAUCUUGUUAAGUUGGUUGAAGCAAUUGAGCGGACAGGUCUGGACUCUAGGAUACUGUACAGGACGUCCAGUCCCUCAGCCACUGAUAGUCAGAGCGUUGCUGAGCCGCAGGAGCUGGACGUGGGACAGUGGGACGUUCACACACUCUCGGAAGCUCUCAUUCGGUACCUGCAGGAACUUCCUGCACCUAUCAUCCCUCCUUCUGUUUAUACAGACCUUCAGACAGCAGUGCAGCUAGAAUCGGAUGCUCCUUCAAUGAGGAGACGAGAGCAGUUGUUGCAUGCGCUGGAGAAUCCUGCCGUUCCACUACAGAACCUCCUGACACUGCAGUAUUUACUCAGACACCUGGAGAAGGUCUUCCAGUGUGCAGAGCAGAACGGUCUAGACAUUCACACGCUCGGCCAAACCUUUGGCCCUCUGCUGAUCAGGGGCCCUGUGAGCGGGUCAGAAGAAAAUGAGGAGUUCCCUGCGGUUGUCGUUGAGAGACUUCUUUUGGAGAGAAUUUGGUUACAAGAGCCAACUCCUCCAGCUCGCUCUCCUAAACCGCCCAAAGCCAUGGCCUCAUCUGUUACCAAUGGAAACAGCAGCUUAAUGAGUGAAGCUGAAUGGUACUGGGGAGAUAUUUCCAGAGAGGAGGUGAAUGACAAAAUGAGAGACACUCCUGAUGGUACCUUCUUGGUGCGGGAUGCCUCCAGCAAAGUUCAGGGAGAAUAUACCUUGACGCUCAGGAAAGGAGGAAAUAACAAACUGAUCAAGAUUUUUUACCGUGGAGGGAAGUACGGCUUCUCAGAACCUCUUACUUUUCACACUGUGGUGGAGCUCAUCAACCACUACCGGCAUGAGUCACUGACCCAGUACAACGCCAAGCUGGACACGCGUCUGCUCUUCCCCGUGUCUAAAUAUCAGCAGGAUCAGGUGGUUAAAGAGGACAGUAUCGAGGCGGUAGGUGAGCAGCUGAAGGUCUAUCACGAGCAGUUUCAGCAGAAGAGCCACGAGUAUGACGUACUGUACGAAGAAUAUACGCGCACAGCACAAGAGCUGCAGAUGAAACGGACAGCCAUAGAGGCCUUUAAUGAGACCAUCAAGAUCUUCGAGGAGCAGUGCGAUACCCAGGAGCGCCUCAGCAGAGAAAGCAUCGAGAAGUUUCGCAGAGAAGGCAACGACAAAGAGAUUGAGAGAAUACAGAACAACUCUGAAAAGCUGAAGUCCAGAGUGACAGAGAUUCAUGACAGUAAGAGAAAGUUGGAACAAGACUUGAAGCUGCAAGCCAUGGACAAUCGCGAGAUAGACAAGAGGAUGAACAGCCUGAAACCAGACCUCAUCCAGCUGAGGAAGCUUAGGGACCAGUACCUUGUAUGGUUAACCCAGAAAGGCACCAGACAAAGGAAGAUCAACGAAUGGUUGGGUAUAAAGAACGACUUCUACUCUCUGUUGGAUGAUGAUGACGAUCAAGCACAACACGAUGAGUGCACUUGGUACGUCGGGGACAUUAAGCGCACACACGCAGAGGAUCUCCUGAGAGGCAAACAAGACGGCACCUUCCUUAUCCGAGAGAGUCAGACCCAAAAGGGCUCCUUCGCCUGCUCUGUUGUCGUGGAUGGAGAGAUCAAGCAUUGUGUCAUUUACAAGACGGUCACAGGUUUUGGAUUUGCUGAGCCUUACAACCUUUAUGGUUCCUUGAAAGACUUGGUCCUGCACUACAAACACACCUCCCUGGUCCAGCACAACGACUCACUGAAUGUAACCCUGACCUACCCCGUCCUCGCACAGCAUCCUAGAUGAGCACCGGGACACGACGAGACACAUUUAAAGCAUGAUUAAGCACAUUAUACGGAGCAAACUAUACUAACACCAAACUUUUAUGUUUAUCCUAGAAAACAGAUAAGCACAAUAUGUUGUUUUUUGCAAGCCCGUAGUUUUCCGUAUUAGGACUAGUCAAUUACCGUAAAAUCAGAGCUUAAAUACUUUUAUUAGUCGUCCCGAAAAUAAAGAAAAGGUUUCGAAGACGUUGCAAGUACUGUAUUGGUCUGCAGAGUUCAAACUUACAGAUUCUGACUGUGUCUAAUGAUUCCAUGAAAGCUUGAACUUGCGCUCUGUCUUGGAUACAACUGUGGCUGUUUCUCGCCUAUUUUAGAUUAGGAUGCCAGACAGGGAUCUAGAUGAGGAAUUAAGUGAAAGUCGCAGCUGUUGAAAAUCAAUCUUUUAGCCAUUAAAUCACUGCUGUGGGUUAUCAUCCUAUGUGUAUUAUGUUUGGUAGUUUGCUUCUGCCAACCGUUCAAAUAGAUUUCUCUUUAUGUGAGUUGUCCUAGAGAAGAUGUGAAACAAACAGUUUUUUAUAUCGUAAGUGGUGGAGGGACACUUCAGCCCUCGUAGCUUCUAAUCUGCCUCUUUAAAGCUAGUUGUCAUGGUUAGUAAAUAGCCAUCAACAAUUUUAUACAUUUCUUUUAAAUGUCCUACCACAGAGCUGGAGAUUUUACUGGUUUCCGUGGGCUCGUAUUCUAGCAGAUGUUGGUGCUUCCUGGUGCUUUAUUUUUGUCUCUUGUAACGUGAGAAUGAACGCAUAGCUGUAGAGAAGCAUUGUGAUCCAGGACAGAGACAGUGAGCUGAAGACAAAAGUGAUCCCAAAGCAACGACAAGUUCAGUCUAAACUCCAUUUGCUUUAGAAAGUUUAAGGGCAAUGAGGUUAUCCAAUGCAGCGAGAAAAAAUGUGGAACAGAUUCAAAACGUUUUCACGUGCGAUUUUAGAGUUUCGUGGAAGUCAUGGUUACAGACCACAGUGUAAUUCUGCAAAAAUAUUUAUAGAAGAAAGUGUUUCAUACUGCAGUCAUGGCAUGGUUUGACUCGUAUUAAGCCAAGCGAUACACUGGUCAAAAUCAUAGAAGUUGGAUAAAAGAGAAAAAAAUCACUUUAAUGAGUGAAAUUUAAAUACUAAGAAUUGGUGAUUAAAUGUGACGUUUUUGGAAUUUGCACAGCCCGGAGUUGCCAGAAAACUGCAAUGUGAGGAAGUGCAUGAAAGAUGGUUUUCUUGUGAUUAGGACGAUAAAGAAUUCUUCAUUUACACAGAUUAGACCUUUCAAGUAGUCCCACAAGCAGAUGUUGAAAUAUUUCCCUACAAAUCAAGUUCGAUUGGCAUUAAAUGGAAUUCUUCCAUUGAGUUCUUUAAAAAAUUGUAACUACCUGUAAUUUUAAAUGAAUUCUGUUACAUGCAUGUACUUUAAAUGCUUUUUAAUGGCAUUUUCAUUGGCAGUACCGAGUUAAAGAAGAACAUUGCCAUUUUGACUGUGUGAUAGAUGUUAGGAGCCCUUAUUUGUAAUGUUAAACAUUAGCUUUAUAAAGAGGUUUGGUAUUAAACAACCAAUUAUGCACUUUUGAGGAUGUCAGUUCAUAACAUAAAAGCAUUUGAUAGUAAUUUUAUCCAUUAAGUCGUUUUACAAACUUAGCUAGCAACAAGGUUAAAAUACCGUACGCGUAAAACUGAUGCAGUGUAAUAUUUUGAAGGCAAGUAGAAAUAUAAACUUGUGAAAAUGACUUUGGAGCGAAUUUAGUGUAGCUUUUGACAUCUUUCAGUUCGAUUCAAUUUUGUUUAUAAGUUCGCCACAGUCAAAAAAUGGGGUUAAUCCUUUACAUGGUUCGUAAGUGUGUCUUUCGGUAUAAAUGUUCGGUUUGUUUCAUCGUGGUGAUAAGAUCAGAAGUUGUUUUGUUAAAAUAGUGUCGGAGUGGAGCGAGAAACAGCGACUUUCAGCACAGACACUGUUUGUGAUUUCUUGUAUGUUCAGAUUGACUUGUUCGAGAAAUGAGCCAGAGUGCUGGAUGUGUGUGUGAGCAGAGUAAAAUCCUUUAAAUGCACUAUACGAGCACAUCUUGUGGUGAUAUGAUGCAUUGUUGGUGACAAUAUAUGAAGCUUUACAAGCCUGUAUGAGCAACAAAAAAUAAUUUAGGUACAAGUUUUAGUUACAGGCCUAAAAUGAAUCAGUGGUAGUGUCAUAAUGUGUUAUGGUAGUGCUGAUACUGGUUCUGCUUUAUAUAUAUAUUUCUUUUUUUUAGAGAGAGAGAGGCUAUAAUUCUGUCAUUGUUUUAUGUUUCUCAUUGUGAGUAAUGACCUUAAGAAUUCAAAGAUAAGCUAGCUUGAAUAUCUUCCAUUCAGUACAGUUACAAAUGUUUACAGUAUCUAAUAACCAAAUAGAAGGUGUAUUUUCAGACGUGCUCUGUCUGUUCCUGCGGGAAUCUGUACAGACUGAGUUACUUGUCUUUUUUUGUGCCUCAGUUGUUUUAAACUUGAAGAUUUUUUGUUUCCUUCUUUGUUUACUUCGAACAGUGCUCCCUCACCUUGAAAUGUCAGAUAGAAAUAUAUUUUGAACAAGGAAGUUUAACACAAUCUGUUACAGUGUCUUUAAAAAAUGCAAAUGUUACCCAGAGCAGGUUUUCAUCACAUAUUUUCCCAACAGAUAUAUUUUUCUUUUGGCUAUGGUACAAGUACUGUAACAAAAGUACAGAAGGAAAUAUUAAUAAAAUUCUCUUGUAGAAAGCAAUUUUUCGAAAAAGUGCCAAGGUAAAUUUGGCAGCUUCUUUUUUUCUAUUUUCUAAAAACCAUGGAUGGACAAAUCCUAAAAAGCAUAAAGCAAAAUGUUUGAUAGAAGAGUAUUUUCACGUUGUUAUUAACCACAGUAUUUGUCAGUUAUUUUCCCAUCCAUUAAUAAUACACUUCCGAAAUUAUGUUAAAUAAUUAAAUUGUUCUAUAAAUUACUUUAAAAUAUGAAAUGUUUCCUUGAUGCUCCUUUUUUGGUGCACAGGUCACAAUCUCUAUCUAUAUGCAUUUAACAAAUGUUUUACAUUUUAUUCAUUCAGUGUCCUUUCUUCUGUGUUCUACUUUUAUUUCCCUGUUCAAACAAAUACCUAGUCCUGUUUCCCUGAAGUGCAUGACAUCUAUUGAAGCUAAUGCACACCAAAGUGCCAUUAGAUCUUUAAAAGAGGGGGAAGCACUGUUUGUUGAACUCUACUGUGCACAUUUUCAUGUACAUAAUCUGCUUCCCUCAUUUCUUUUCACCCCAAUCUGUUUUUGGGUGCAGAUUUAUUUCUGUGUACAGUUUGCAUCAGUGUUGUUUGUCUACCAAACAGGUACACAAGUAUAGAGACUUGGCUCUUUAAUAGGUAGAUGAAAUUAUUUUUAAGACAAUAAAAACAUAUUGAGUCUAUUGCACCUGCUUGUCUGUUGUCAUCAGUUUGACU